UUCCCCGUUGUUUUCCCCACUACUAUUCCAUUCCAUAUAUUGAGAAGAAGAGGUUUCAAAAUUUUAUAAUAACAAAGCUUAAUUAUUUUCAUUGCUUCUUGUUCUUCGAAAAAAAGUAAACCACAGAAGCAUUUUCCAAUAUCAGAAGAUGGAAGAAUCGUUUCCUAUGACUGGUGGAGAUGGCCCAUACAGCUAUGCCAAGAACUCAAAUCUACAGAAAGAAGCAGCUGAAAACGCCAAGGCAUUGUUGGUGGCCGCCAUAACCAAAAACCUUGAGAUCAACAAACAGAAGAUCUGCCCCAUCUCAAGCUCAUUCCGGAUCGUCGACUUCGGCUGCUCCACCGGCCCAAACACCUUCAUCGCCGUCGACACCAUCAUCGAAGCCGUAUCCAAAACCUUCCAUGACCAUGUCCCCGAAUUCCAUGUCUUCUUCAGUGACCACGUCUCCAACGACUUCAACAUUCUAUUCACCAACCUUCCCAAGGACCGGACUUACUUCGCGGCCGGUGUGCCUGGCUCCUUCCACCGGAGAUUGUUUCCCAGGGCAUCGUUGAACCUCGCCUACUCGUCCCAUGCGUUGCAGUGGUUGUCGAAGACUCCAGCGGAGGUCGAAGACUCUAGCUCGCCGGCGUUUAACAAGGGCAAGAUUUUCUAUGCUAAGGCCGCCGAGCAAGUUGGUGAGGCCUAUAGGCGUCAGCAUGAAGAGGACAUGGCGAGUUUUUUUAAUGCUCGAUCGGAAGAGCUCGCUCCUGGCGGGCUACUUGCGAUUCUGAUGUCGGGUAGGGAAGAUGGGAGUUCGCCUGCCCAAUCCUCCCUCGGCCCUUUUUUGGCACCGUUGGAAUCUACCCUUGUAGAUAUGGCUAAUGAGGGAGUAAUAAGCCAUGAAAAGCUUGACUCGUUCAACUUGCCCAUUUUCAGCCCAUCCCCUGAGGAGAUCAGGAAGAUAAUACAAAAAAAUGGAUGUUUUGAAAUAUCAAGAUUGGAACUGCAACCUCGAACCUUUCGUCCUAUGAUCAUCACUCCAGAACAAUGCAGAGCUGGGUUUGAGAGCAUUAUCAGCAAACAUUUUAAUGAUAAUAAUAAUAAUCAAAAUAUAGUAGAUCAGAUAUUUAGUCGUUACUCCAAGAAAAUUGAAGGGUGUUCCCCAAUAUCUGCGGACGAUAAAUCUAUUGCGACUGGACUAUUCUUGUCGCUCAAACGCAAAUCUUAACUAAAAGGUGGCAAUAAUUUAAUGUACCAUCUUUAUUUUUCCAUUUUGAGAAAAAAAAUAAGUAUUAUUUAUUAUUUUUUCUAGUUUGACCAAUAAAACGGAUGAAAGCAUAUAUAAUAAUGCUUUACAUAGAUACCAAUUAGGUUUUAUCCUUCAUUUUUGUGUAAUCUUAAGAUAGAUCGAUGCUUAUCUUUCAUUCUUUCUAUAUAUAUACACAAUCCUUGAAUAAGGUAUAUUGUAAUACUUAUCUCUUUCAUCCUUACUUUAUA